UCUCUCUUUUCUUCUCUCGCCUGACGGUGACAAGCUGUUCCUCUGUCCCUCUGGGUGACUCCCUCUCUUGUCUGCACUCCUCUCUCCUCCCCUCCCUCUCUCUCUCUCUCUCUCUCGCCCUCUCUCCACCUGUUGAUGCUAUUGUUGCUCAGCCAGCAGUCUGGUCUUUUAUUUUUUUACUCCGCUCAUUUUACACACCCCUCUUUUAUUCUUCACUUUCUCCAUUUUUUUCAUCACCAGUCACUUUUUCUCUUGGAGGAUAUAUAAACGGGAAGAAGAGAGAAGAAGGUUUAGAACAACAUAAGAACUUUGACACUCACCAUCACACACUUACACACACAACUCAAGCACUUUAAGGAGUGAAAGAAAUUGGAACUUGCUCUAAAAGGAACAAUUACAUUCUCAAAUUAUUAGUAGUGCACAUUUAAACUCAUCCACUCCUUUUAUUUUCAGGACAGUGCAAAAAUUAUCUUCUACUUGGGAUAAACACCUUCAGUAUUGGAUCACAACUGCUGGCAGGAAUGAUGUCUGUGUCUCUGUGGUGUGAGGAGGAGGGCCAGGACAGGACUCAGGGUCGGGAGUCUUCGGUCAGAGCCCCCUGGGACCCAAGUGCCUCUGGAUUGAGGGUUAUUCAGAGACUUCUGCAGUCAGAGGAGAGGUACCUGCCCUCUUCACUCUACAUAUCCCUCAUCCAGAGAGAACCUCAGCGCAGAGAGGAGCUCGUCAAGUGGACCAUGGAGGUGUGCUAUGAAUGUGAAUGCGAUGAGCUUGUCUUCCCACUGGCUGUCUCCCUGUUGGAUCGAUAUCUGUCAGUCACUCUAUCUAUGCCUAUUUCUCCAUCUUGUCUGGCUGCAGCUUGUAUCCUGGUGGCCUCCAAGCUAACAGAAAGUGACACAGUUAGUGCAGAUACCCUCUGUGCAACAGCAGAGUAUGACUUCCUCUCCUCAAACCUACGGGAAAUGGAGCGUGUUGUCCUGGCGACCUUAAGGUGGGAUGUGGCAGCAAUGACCCCUCAAGACUUUAUCCCUCACUUCCUUCGCACUCUCUGUGAACUGAAGGAUGGUGACACAAAUACAGGAGACUUUCUUUCAACAUUGAGACGUCAUAGUGACUCACUUGUUGCCAUGUGUGUGUGUGACUCUCGUUUUCUGGGAACGCCUCCAUCUCUGGUUGCUGCAGCCGCUUUGAACUCUGCCCUUCGAGGUUUAAGGGCCAAGAGUGCUGGAGAACUGACUGUCAUGACUUCUGCCCUGGCUACACUAUGUCAGACUGAUGUGGCUGUGUUGCAGUGCUGUACUGAUCUGAUUGAGGGAGCUCUCAGGGAGAGAUUGAGAAAUGGAGCACAAGAAGAAAAAGAUGCUGAUAUUGAAGAUGAAAGAGCCAGCACCCCCACAGACCUAAGAGAAAUAGACUUUUAAAGCAGGGUUAUUUUAUGAGUGAUAUUUAUUGAGACUGCUUGUUUGCAGUCUCACUGUAAUUUAUCAGUAAAACUGAUUUCAACACAAUGUGACAUUUAUGUUUUGUCUUAUGUAACUUUUGAAGUGAUCUAAUUUAUAAUCAGUUUUAUUUAUAUGCUUGAGGGAUUAUUUACUUGUGGAGUACUUAUUUUGAGAAUAUUUACUUGUCCCCUAUUUAUUGCCAUAUCUGUUAU